AUUGGUUACCAAUUCUUUUCCAUUCUCAAUUUUUUUUUCUCAUCUCGGUUUUUGUUGUUCCGGUAAGAAUAACAAUCUGAUUAAUUGUGGAAUUUUGAUCAAUUAUCUUUUUUGUUAAUUGUUGUUGGUCACUUGGUUUUCUUACUAAAAUGGAUAUUGCUAUACCUGAUGAUCAGCCUGUUGCUGAGCCUAAAGAUAUUGCUACUUUGUUUCGGGAGCUGAUGAAAGAGAAAAAUGUUGGUUCUAAUGCUUCUUGGGAAUAUGCUCUUAAACUUAUUGGAAAUGAUCCGAGGUUUGAAAUUUUUCGACAUCAUCCUGAGCGAAAGCAAAUGUUCAAUGCUUACAAAGUUCAAAAGGCCAAGGAGGAAAAGGAAGAUCAACGCAUGAAAGCGAAAAAAGCUAAAGAGAAUUUGGAAAAAUUUUUACAGACCAGUGAUAAAAUGCAUUCCAAUGUUAGAUAUAAACAAGCCUCAGAAAUUUUUCGAGAUAAUGAAUUUUGGAAAGCUGUUCCUGAAAUUGAUCGACGUGAAAUUUUUACCGAUGUAAUUCGUUUCCUCACUGAAACUGAAAAAGAAGAGACUUUGAAACUUCAAAAGCGAAAUACCAGAGUUUUAGCUGAUAUUCUUGAUUCUAUGACAAGUAUAACUUAUAAGACAACAUGGCAAGAAGCUCAACAACAAUUACUUGAUAAUCCCGUUUUCGCUAAUGACGCUGAUUUACUUGGUAUGGACAAAGAAGAUGCUUUAAUUGUUUUCGAAGAUCAUAUCAGACAAUUGGAACAAGAAGAGGAAGAAGAGCGGAAACGAGAAAACAAACGUGUCGUUAGACAAGCUCGUAAAAGUCGUGAAUAUUUUCUAGGAUUUCUUGAUGAGCUUCAUUCUCAGGGAAAGUUAACCUCAAUGUCCAAAUGGUGUAACCUUUACCCCGAAAUUAGUGCUGACCCAAGAUUUACGUCCAUGUUAUCACAACCCUUUUCUGGUUCAACUCCAUUGGAUCUUUUCAAAUUUUAUGUUGAAGAUUUGAAGGCCCGAUAUGAAGAUGAGAAGCAAAUAAUUCGUGAUAUCGUCAAAACCAGCGGUUUUCAGGUUGACAUUAGUACAACUUAUGAAGAUUUUGCUACAGUUUUGAGUGAAGAUGAUCGAAGUGCCUCUUUAGAUGCUGGAAAUGUUAAAAUGGCCUUUGAGAAAUUGAUGGAAAAAGCAAUGGAAAAAGAAAAGGAAAGACUUAAAGAGGAAAACAAACAAAGACGUAAAUUUGAGAUUUCUUUUAUGAACCUACUCGCCAAAAUUGACCCUCCAGUUGAAGAGGAAACCGAUUGGGAAAGGGCGAGAAGUUUAAUUGCCGACGAGGAAUUGUUUAUUCGAAUACCAACCGAAGCCGAAAGAGUCCAACUAUUCAAAAGUUACAUUAAAACUUUAGAAGAAUCAUGUAGUCAUCACCAUAGUAAAUCAAAGAAACAACGAAAGGAUAAAGAUAAGGAUAAAAAGAAAAAGAGUGAGAGGAGACGUUCACGUUCAUCUUCUCUUUCUGACCAUUCGCGACAUCAUUCACACUCUCGUUCGCGACCCCGAAGUCCAGACCGAAGUAGAUCAAUAUCUAAAUCUGUCUCAAGAUCUCGGUCAAGAUCAACACCUUCCAGAUCCCGAUCUCCAUCAUUAUCAAGGUCAAGGAGUUCAUCUCAACAUCGCCUCCCCAUUGGAAGAGGUGAUUCCCGAUCACCACCUUCUCCACCACGAUCUCGAUCCCGAUCACAGUCACCACCCCAUUUCACCAUGAAACCAAGAUCCAAUUCGAAUGACGGAUUACGAUCCAAAUCGCCAUCUCGAAGUCCAGUACGAUCUCUUUCACCUUCUCCCGCUCGAUCACAAUCAGGUUCAAAUCUACGAAGUCCAUCUCGUGAGAGAAGUUACUCUGACGAUCGAGGACACACCAAGAAAAUUUCCUCCCACGGAAACAGUAAACGAAGAAAACAAUCAUCAGUUAACUCUACACCACAACCACCGCCACUUGCACCUUCAUCACCACCGUCACCUAAUCCAUCAAGAAACUUUGACCCAAGUAACCCAAUCCCAUCAACAUCAAAGUCAUCACCUUACGAGGUCAAUAAUAAUAAUAGAAAUGAUCUCGAUGAACUGGAAGCCGAACGACGGAAAAUUUUGAAACAAUUGGCCUCCCAAAGUAUUAGAGAUUAUUAAUUAGACCAUUAAUUUAAUUGUUUAAAGCAAUCAAAUCAAACGAGAUGAAAGUUAAAUCAAAUCUUAAUCAAACUUUCAUCAAAAUUAAUUAUUUUUCACUAUUGGACAUUUACAUUUUUUUUCACUCACCCAACAAGGAUUCAAUUUAAUCUACAAUUUAACAUAAUCAAAAUUAAUUGUUAUCAAUUAUCAGAUUUUAUUGAUAUUUUGUUGAUAUUCAAACGUAUUCAUUUAUAUACAAUUGGAAUUGUCACAAUUCUCGCUAAUUAACUUUUCUUUUCAAAGUUAAACCCUAAAUUACCUCAUCGGAAAAUUGAAUCAAAUUAAUUUUCUAUUAAUCAAAUAUCUUAAUUACGAUUAAUUUACAACUUUUUUUUUUCAUUUCAGCCAAAAAUUUUUUCAAUCAAAUUUUGUAUCCUUUUCAAUGUGGCAAAGUGCAAUGGUAAAUUCAAUUACAAUUAUAAUUGUAUCUUGAUUUUUAGGCCCUCAUCUUGAUUUAAUUGUUAUUAAUCAACUGGUUUACAAUCAAGUCUUCCUACACCUUAACCAUUAUCAACAACAAUCGGUCAACUCUAAUUAUUUCAUCCAGUUAAAUUAACUAUUUUCUAAUAAUCUUUAAUCUUUAAAUUAAUUAUUUUCUAUUUCAACAAUUUAGUUUAUUCUAAUUUAAAUUAAAACAAAUGAACAAUCAACUGAUGCCACAAUUAAAGUAAAACUCAGAAAAAUAAUAAUUGAUCAAACGCUCAAUGGAAACCAAUCAAUCAAAAAGAUUCAGAUCAAGCUCAUCAUCAUAAAUUUAAUUAGAUUUUCUAAUUUUAAAUUAACAAUUAGUUGACCAUCAAACCAAUUAAAUGAAAACUCCACUUAAUUUGAAUAAUAAACUGAAUUUAAAUGUAAA